AUGUCUACUGUUCUCGUCACGGGUGCAUCAGGUUUCCUCGCUCUCCACAUCGUUGGACAACUCUUGCAAAAGGGGUAUAAAGUUGUUGGCUCAGUGAGAUCAGUUUCCAAAGCUGAAGAAUUGGGGUUCGAGUUUUCUCAAAAAUUAGGUCACAAGGCUGACAACCUGGUCUUCUCCAUUGUUGAGGAUAUUGCUGUGUCAGAUGCAUUCGAUAAAACUUUCAAGUUGCACCCAGAUAUUAGCUACGUUCUUCAUACAGCUUCUCCGUUCACAUUGGGACAAACGGAUUUUGAGAAGUCUUACUAUGAUCCAGCUUUGAAAGGAACAUUCGGUGUCUUGAAUUCCAUUAAACGGUAUGGACCAAAAGUUUCCAAAGUUGUUGUGACGUCCUCUUUGGCAAGUCUCAUGAACUUUGACAAGCUUACUGAUCCGACAUUUAUCCAUAAUGAGACAGUUUGGAAUCCAUUGACAAAGGAUAAAGUUCAAGAUAGCGUUGCUGCCUAUAUCUUAUCCAAAAAGCUUGCAGAGGAGGCUGCUUGGAACUUUGUCAGAGAUAACGAUGUCAAUUUUUCGGUGACAACUAUAACACCAGCGUACAUCUUGGGCCCGCAGUACUUUGAUAAAAAUGCUGGAGCAAAGAAGUUAAACCAGUCCAAUCAAUUGAUUACAAACAUCCUGGACUGGAACCCUAACCAGCCUUUUGUCAACAACACACGCACAGGUUUAUGCGUUGAUGUUCGUGACGUAGCUGCGCUCCACAUCAUUCCAUUGGAGAAGCCUGGGGUUGAAGGUCACCGUUUAUUCCCAGCUUCUGGUUUAUUCACCGACCAGGACAUCCUGAACAUCAUCAACGAGAACUUCCCUCAAUUGAGGCUUCCAACAGGUGAACCAGAUGACACUGAGAAUCCGUUUGGUUACUCAAAUGAGAAGACUGUGGAGCUGGUUGGAGGUUACAACUUCAUCCCACUAAAGAAGCAAGUUGUUGAUACCGUUCAACAAAUCUUGGAUGCCAGAGCUGCUAAGUGA